GUGGUCCUGUGCCUGUCCCGCUUUUUUUGUGCCCCGAUCCUUGCCUUCAGUUCCGUCCCCCUUUCCGCCGCCCAGUCCGGCCUCCCACCGUAUUCGGCAACCCUCGGCCCCCUGGGCUCCGCACCCGCUCCGCGGACCCCGCAGGUGUCCGCUCGGUGCCACAUUCGUUCUGCGCCCCUCGCGGCCAGGUAGUCGCUUGUCCGUCCCCGCGAACAGCCCCCGCGGGCGCCGGCGGCGGCUGGCGGUCGGUGGGCGGGUCCCCGGGUGCGCGGCGGCGCGGGACGGGCGGGCGGUGGGGUGUGCGCGGGCGCGCGGCGGGGGGGUGCCUGUCGUGCGCGCGGGCGGCGCCGCCGCGAGUGGGUGGGAUGGUCGCGGGGGGCGCGGGCGCGGCGGGGGGGGCGACGGGGCGUCGCGGGUGGCGUGGCGCGGUCGUGGCGCGGGGCGGGGCGGCGUGGGGGGGUCGGGGGGGGGGGGGGGUGUUGGUGCUGUGGGUGUGUGCGGGGGCCAGGCGGCGGGCGGCGGCGCGCGGUCGGGGGGCCGCGCGGCGGGGCGGGGCGGGCGUGGGCGGCGGCGGGGCGGCGCGCGUGGUCUGCGGGGGGUGUUGCCGGGUGCGCGGGGGGCCCGGCGGCAGGGGCUGCGCGCGUGGGGCGGGCGUGUGGCGGCGCCGGCGGCGGGCGCUGCGCGGGGGCCGCCGGGGGUGUGGGUCGGGGGUGCGGGGGUGUGCCGCGCGGGGGGGGCGCGUGUGCCGGGGCCUCGCGCGCGCGGGGGGCGGGGGGGCGGCGCGUGCGGGGGGGGGGGGGGGGGGGGGGGGGGGGGGGGGGGGGGGGGGGGGGGAGGGGGGUGGGGGGGGGGGGGGUGGCGGGGGGGGUGGGGGGGGGGGGGGGGGGGGGGGGGGAGGGGGGGGGGGGGCGAAGGGGAGCGGCGCAGCGCGUGGUGCCGGUGCGGGGGGGCCGCGGGCCCGGCCGUGGGGACUGCGCGGAGCGGCCGAGGCGCGGGGGGUGCCGGCUGGUGGGGCGUGGCGGCGUGCGUGCGCGGGGUGGGCGGCCGUGGGCGCGCCGGCGCGCGUGCGGGGGUGUGGUGUUGGUGGUGGUGUGCGGGUGUGCGGGGCGCGUGGGGGCUGGUUCGCGUGCUGGCGGGGGUCUAUGUUGUUGUGGUGGUGUGUGCUCGGGGGGUGGCGGGCCGUUGCGUGGUGGUGGGUUUUGGGCGGCGCGGGGCGGUCUCGUCGGGGUGGCUUGCGCGUGGCGGUGGUGGUAUGGUGGUGUGGUGGGUGUGGUGCGCGGGCGGCGUGUCGUGUUGUGGGGUGCGGGGGUUUGGUGUGGGGGUGGGGUGUUGGUGGGAUGUGUGCGGCGCGCGUGUGGGGGGGGGGGGGGGCCUCUGCGGGUGCGCGUUUGCGUGGCUGGGGUGUGUGGUGUGUGUUCGCUGUUGCGGUGCGCGGGGCUUGUCGGUCGGCGGGGGGUGGUCUGCGGGGGCGCGCCGCGUGCGCCGCGGCGCGCGUGGUGGUCGCGCUGGCGGGUGCCGUGGGCGCGGGUCGCGGUGUUCGUGGCUCGGCGGUGCGGCGUUUCCGCCUCCGGGCGCCAGUGUGCCGUCGCUGGGCUGGGUGGCGUCGUCGUCGGGCGGCCGGUGGCGGCGCGGUGCGCUCGGCUCGGGGGUGGGUGCCGUGCGGGCGCUGCGGCGGCGCUGUGCCUGGGGCGGGUGGGCUCCGCUCCCUGCGGUCGGUGCGCCUUGCGUGUCGGCCUGGGCGCUCGCGUGCGCGGGGGGGGGGGGGGGGUGGGGCCGGGUCGGUGCUUGCGUGGGGGGUGGCGGUUCGGGCGGUGUGUGGCGGCGUGGCGGGGGGGGGCCGGCGGCGCGCGCCGCGGUGCGGCGCGGGCGUGGUGUGUGUGGCGUUGCGGUCGCGUGGGGGUGCGGCGGGCGGGGUGCUGCGCGGGCGUGGGCGCGCGGUGGCGCCGGGGGCUUCUGUGCGUUGCGCGUCGCCCGCGGCCGGGCGGUGGUCGGGGUGUCGCGCGCGCGCGGCCGGUGCUGUUGGUUGUGUGGUGUUUGGGUGUUGUGGUCGGCGUUGCCGCGGCGUUGCGCGCGCGCGCGCGCGUCCGGGGCCGCGCACGCGGCGGCUGGUGCGCGUGCGCUGGUGGUGCGCGCCGCGGCGCGCGCCGGGCGGGCGGGUCCUGCGGCGGGCGCGUGGCGGCGGGGGUGCCGGGCGCGGCGCGGGCGCGCGCUCGGCGCGCGGGCGCGUCGCGGUCGCAGUGGGGGGGUGGCCGCGGUGUGCAUGCCGCGCGGGGGGGGGGGGGAGGGGGGGGGGGGGAGGGGGGGGGGGGGGCGGGGGGGGGGGGGGGGGGUGGGG